AUGUCGGAUAUAUCGAUCAAAAAAGUUGAACGCCGCGAUCAUGAUGAGACCAUGGAAAUGUCACCUCGUCCUUUUAAUUCGGGGAAACACCUCGCAAACCCCGCGCCUUUGGCAAUGGGCGGCUUUGCAACAACCCUCCUCUCCGUCUCGCUGGCGAUGAUGAAUUUCCGCGGCGUCUCGAACCAAACAAUUUUCGUUGGAGAUCUUUGCUUUGCAGCUUGCAUUGGGCUAUUGAUUUCAGCGCAGUGGGAGAUGGUUCGUGGAAAUACUUUCUCUUAUACGGUUUUAUCGGCGUAUGCAAUGUUUUAUGGUGGUUAUGGAGCGACCCUGAUUCCUGCGUUCGGAAUUAUCGAUGCUUAUGGUGGGUUUACGGCGGAUAACGUCGUUUAUAUUAUCAUCUUCUUGUCGCUGGAAUUAUGUCUUAUCUUCGAUGCUGCGUCGCAAUUUAAGCGCGCAGAUGGCAUGAUUGAACUCAGUGAGAAUCUUUCGACUGUCGGUGGUGCUUUUGCGUUUGUGGCUAGCAUUUUCGGGUAUUAUACUGUGCUGCAUUAUUUGUGUCAGGAAUCCUUGCCGUUUACUGUUGUGAUGGGGGAUACUUCCAGGUUCUUUGAAAGACGGGCUCGGGGUCCUUCUUCAAGUGUGAAGGCGAGCGAUGACCUUGUCUGA